AGAACAUACAAGAGGAUGUUCUGUGGUGUCAGCAUAGAUAAUUUACUUUGACGCUUUAGUAAUUGAUAUAGGUUAAGUUACUAAUAUUCAGUUUUCACAAAUUCUAAAUCAAUUAUAUUAAAUAGUUAUUGUGAAUUACCCCAAAUUAUAUUUUUAUAGUCGAAUCUAGACGAUGUCUCGUUCGUCGACUCGUUUUGAUGUCAAGAAAGUUAAUUCUGAAUUAGUAACACUAACUUACGGAGCUCUAGUAGCACAGAUGAUUAAAGAUUUGGAUAAUGUUGACGAUGUGUCUAAACAGCUUGAAAGAUUGGGUUACAAUAUGGGUAUACGACUCAUUGAAGAUUUUUUAGCUAAAACUAGCACGGGAAGAUGUUUAGAUUUAAAAGACACCGCAGAUAAAAUUCAAAGCGCGUUUAAAAUGUAUUUAGGAAUCCAACCUAAUGUAACUAAUUGGAGUCCAUCGGGCGAUGAAUUUUCUUUCAUAUUGGAUUCGAAUCCUUUGACAGAACUGGUAGAGCUUCCCGAUGAUUUGAAAUCUUUGAAAUAUUGUAACUUAAUUUGCGGGGUUAUUAGAGGUGCUCUUGAAAUGGUACAACUAGAUGUACAAAGUUGGAUAGUGCAGGAUCAAUUAAAAGGUGAUCAAAAUACGGAAAUAAGAGUCAAGUUUAUCAGAAGAUUGGAAGACGCAAUGCCAGCCGGAGAAGAUUAAUUACCAUAUAAAAAAUUUAUUAUUAUAUAUAAUUGAUAGUUUAAAUUUUAUUCCAUUUUUUUAUUGAAUAUUUAUACUAUUUAUUUUGAUGAAAAUAAAACAUAUAUACGUCAAAUAUAAACUAGUCCUGUGAAUAGUGAAAAAUGUGCAAUAACUCAAAUUUAUACAGGUAAAUAACAUAAUUGUAUAAAUAAAUUUCCAAUUACCUUAUUGUAAAUGACGGUUUCAGAUCUAUUAUGCUAUCUUUUAAAAAUAUUGUAGACGUUCUUGUAGAUCAGUACAAGAGGAACAUUGUACCAUGAGUUAUUUUAUUAUAUCUCAAAAGCAUUCGACAGUUUUCUUGACAAAAGCUUCCAAAUCAACAGAUACUCCCAAUUGUUGUCAUAUUUCAAUUGAUUUACACCAAACUG